AUGGCGUUUACGGUACCAGAGAACUCAUAUACUGGUUCUGCUAUCAUCUCAGCAGCUGAUAUAACUGCCACUCAUUUUCCUGAAGGCGAAGGUAAUCCCCCAUACUCUAUAAUAGUAUCAGCACCUGGACCCACAACUUUAUUUGAUAUUGAUGAAACUGGUGUGCUAAGUGUAGGGAGUACAGUUCCAAAUUUCGAGACGCAUGGUGGCACAUACACGGUGGAUAUCAUAUGUCAUCAAAUAUCUGGUAACGACAGUAUUGUUCAAGUUACAGUAACCGUAUUGGACGUGGUUGAAAGAUGUACAUUGUCAUGGCCAGAUGGGCCAUACACUGUGGCAGAAAAUACAGCAACUGGAUCUGAAAUAAUCGCACCUUCAGAACUGUUAUCAUCAUUUCCAGAAGAUGCAGCGACAACCGCUUACACUAUAUCUUCAGUUAGUCCAGGUGCAAUGAACAUGUUUUCCAUUGAUUCAGCAACAGGUGCAAUACUGAUAGGCACAUCACCCCCUGAUCGCGAAUUGGAUGACCCAAUACAAACCAUUAACGUCACCUGCCACCAACUGUCAGCUAAUGAUAACACAAACACUGUUACUGUCAUCAUAAUCAACGUUUUAGAAGGGUGUUCACUUCAAUGGAGCAAUGCUUCAUAUAUCGUGGAUGAAAACUCAAACAGCGGAUACAGUGUGAUAGCAGCUACUGAUAUAACAGAUGAAGUUUUCCCAGAAGGAGCAGGAAGUCCUAAGUAUAGAAUCAACAGGGUUGUUCCAGGCCCAGACGAGUUAUUCAGCAUAGAUGCCAGUACCGGUGCUAUUGUUAUUGGUAGCCUUACUCCAAAUUUUGAAGUUCAUGGUCUCAUCGUGCAAACGAUUUUCGUAGAUUGCCUGCAGCAAUCUGGUCCGAAUAAUACCCUUGCUGUAAACGUUAACAUUAGAAAUAUCGAUGAAACGCCCACCUUUGUUAAUCUGCCGACUACAAUCAAAAUCUCGGAGAGUAUAGGUGCUUCCCAGUCAGUGUUCAAAGUAUUCUACAAUGAUCCAGAGGGCGUUGCUGUCACCGUUGACGUCAGUACACAGACUCCAGUUACUCCGACCUUCACAGUAGUAAAUGGAAAUGAAAUACACUCUCCUGCUGGAUUAGAUUAUGAUUUCAGUGAUCAGACGUACACGUUCACUAUAAGAGUUGAUGAUGGAACAAACACAGAUACAUCCACGUUGACUAUCAAUCUAUACAAUGAAAUUGAUGAACCACCGACCUUUCCAGCAUCCGAUUACACUGGUACAAUAGAGGAAGAACAGUCGUAUGGAACAGUUGUGACAUGGACAACAAACCCUGUGGCUGAUAUGAUUGCAAGUUACAACGAAGUCGGUGACAGUAAAUUAUAUUAUGAGAUAUCCGGGCCAUAUUCGGAUGACUUCAACUGUGACCGGUUAACAGGUGUUAUCACAACAUCGAGGACAUUAGACGCCGAUGACGUAUCAUCAACUGCGAGCUACUCUCUAACACUAACAGUAGGAGAUUCUGCCGGCCAUACUGAUACUACGACGUUAAGUAUUACACUUACUGAUAUCAACGAUAAUAAACCAAUAUUUUCACCAUCCUUGUAUUAUAAGGCAAUUGACGAGAAUAGUGGGUCUGGUGUCAUUGCAGCUACAAUGACAGUGUCCGAUGAAGACGCUGGUGUAUUCGGUACAGUAACCCUAACCAUUACCAGUGGUGUUACUGCGAAAUUUACAUUGUCUGGGAAUGAAAUCUUAACAACAGCAGAUCCAUUGGACUAUGAAACCACUACUAGUUACACUAUGACAGUGACUGCAACUGAUGGGGGUGGUGAGAUAAGCACAGCUACAGUUAUUGUCGAUGUGGUACCAGUGAAUGAAUUCAUGCCGACUUUUGUCACAUUUCCUACUUCCUCUAUCACUGUCCCUGAAAACAGUGCAGUUAGAUACGAAAUACUAGCAGCUACGGAUGUAACAGUAAGGGAUAGCGAUCACGGCGACGAUGGCGAAAUAAGUUUUUACAUCAGUUCAGUCACAAAUGGUGGUAUAAAUAAAUUCAGCAUGGAUUCAUCGACUGGUAGAAUAUUGACAACAAGUACAUUCGACUACGAAAGUGGGACUAUUUCAUACACUAUUACGUGUGUUGCUGCCGAUCAAGGAUCCCCGGGACCAAGCAGCACAACGAGAAGCUUAACAGUUCAUAUAUCAGAUGAAAACGACAACGCUCCUUAUUUUGAUCAGAACUAUUACUCAUUGACAAUCACUGAGGGUGAUGUAAUUGGUACCGUCAUCACAACUUUCAACGUGAACGACGAUGAUUCUGCAGCAAUCACAACAAUUAGUUACCAGUUCUACUCGGGUAAUGAACUUGAUAAGUUUGAGAUGGACGAUACCACAAAUAAACUGAAGGUUAAAUCAGUGAUCAACUUAGACGAUGGUGAUCCAGAAGAAUUCAGUCUGUUACUCCACAUACUAGAUGGUGGCACGCCUGAGUUAACGGGAACAGCUAUGAUAUGUAUAAGUCUAACCUCAUCCAAUGAUUAUGAUCCGGUGUUUAGUAGCACAAAUCCAAGCACGAUUUCAAUUUCUGAGAAUGCGUAUAUUGGUACUACUGUUGCAGAAAUCAGUGUUAGUGAUAACGAUUAUGGCUCUGACGGAGAUCUAACCUUGGUAAUUCUAAGUGGCGACAAAGAAAACAAUUUUCACUUGGAUAGUUUCAGAAGAAUCCUGCAAACUAAAAAGUUGAUUGAGUACGAAGAUACUGGGUCACCCAUCGUAUUGACAAUACAGGCCACCGAUGGAGGUGCCACGCCACGUACUGCGACCUCCGAUAUCUCAAUCAUUGUCACAAAAGAGAAUAACUACAAACCAACUUGCACACCAACGAAUUAUGUAAGGUCAAUAUUAGAAUCGGCUGCUGCCUCUGACCAAGUUACCCAGAUUAAUUGUCAAGAUAUGGAUUUGGAUACAUUAUCAUAUACUAUUAUAGCUGGCAAUGGUGAUGAGAACUUCCAAGUCGAUGGUGAUGGUCUUGUUUCUAUUGUGUCGUCAGGUGAUACUAUAGACUAUGAAUCAGGUGUAGACAAAUAUUCACUGACUAUUGAAGUGAGUGAUGGAGCCCAUAUGAUAAACGUAUACGUGACUGUGAAUAUCGAGGCUGUGAACGAGGACGCCCCUGCCUUCGACGUAGCUGGAUGGACAGUUGAUUUAUAUGAAAACACUCCGCUUGGGGAUGUUAUUGUUUUAUUGGCAUCAUCUGUGACGGACACGGACACUGGAGGGCAUGGUAUCUCGUUAUACAUCAUAACGUCGGUUGACCCACCCAGUGGAAAAGAUGCGUUUCAAAUAGAUGGUCGUUCUGGAAAAAUAUACCUUGCUAAAUUAUUAGACUAUGAAGAUGAGUCUUCUUAUGAUAUUGCUGUUGAGGUUGAAGAUGGUGGUGGAUUGACAGACACUGCAGUCGUUGCGAUUCGAGUGCUAGACGUCAAUGACAAUAGUCCAUCAUGCUUAAAGUCUUCAUUUUUAAUAAACGUGGAUGAACAUACAUACCCUUACACUGCUGUUAGCAUGGCAGAUCUGGGAUGCACUGACGCUGACUCUGGUAUGUUUGGCACUGCUGGACUCGUAUAUACACUUGGUAGCCAAAUACCAUGCUGUGACUUUGAUGUAGAUUCAAGUGGAAUCUUUUUACGGGUUGACAAUUUGGAUUACGAGGGCAACAAUAUGCAUUUCACCAUUACUCUUAAUGUGGCAGAUGGAGGACUACCUCCAAGAACUAUGGAUGUUUUGAUAAGUAUUUCAGUAAACCCAGUUGACGAUGGACCACCGGUGUGUGCAGGCCCGUACGUAUCUUCAGUACCGGAAGACGCUUUAAUUGGUACCACUAUAGAAACAUUUAGAGCUAUAGACCCAGAUUCAGAUGAAACUUCAGAUGGCCAAGUACGGUAUACAAUAACAGGGGGAAACAACGCUGGACAUUUUGCGAUUGACUCAUCAAUAGGUAUUGUACAGACAAUUGCGCUACUGGAUGGGAAGAAAAUACACAUAUAUACUUUAGAAAUUACUGCAACAGAUGGCAAUGGAGGCACAUGUGUAGACACAUUAGAUAUCACAGUAACCAGCGUAAAUGGUGUAAAACCAUCGUGCACCCAAUACUCAUAUGGUCUAGAUUUAGAUGAAGACACACCAGUUGGUACAUUAUUCUCUUUAGUAUGUACAGAUGAUGAUCCAGUUGACUCUACUUUGACUUACACAUUAACAAGUGGAGAUGCAUCGAUGUUCGGUGUAAACACUAAUGGCGAGGUGUUCUUGCAAUCUAAAUUGGAUUACGAUGUUGUUGGUGCAGUUCGACACUAUGACAUUGAAGUUACGGUUUCUGACGCUGCGGCGCACGAAGUUACUGUAUCAGGCUCCAUAAACGUACAACCAGUAAAUGAAGGCUCUCCAACAUUUACUACCCGUUUUUAUACUCUAGAUGUUAACGAAGAUAUUGCAAUUGGCACCACAAUCAUCACAGUGUCCGCCAAAGAUACAGACUCGCCGGUCACUACUGAUGGUACUUUAAUAUAUACAUUCAGUCCUGAGUGUAAAUGCCCGGAAUUUCAGAUGAACAGAUAUACUGGCGAGAUAACAUUGCUGUUGCCUCUUGAUUACGAGAUUUCUACGUCAUACCUAUUACCAAUAAAGGCAUCCGAUGGUGAUAAAACAGAUACGGCUAGUGUUGUUAUCAAUGUUGUUGACGUUAACGACAAUUCACCAGUGUUUCUUCCAGUGUCGUAUAGUGGUACUGUGCAGGAGGAAUUGCCAGCAGGACAAGUGAUAACAAAAAUAACUGUGACAGAUAAUGAUUCCGCAAAAAAUGAUAACAAUGCGAUUCUUCUCACAAUCAAACGUGGAAACAUUGGGGCGUCUUUCUCUGUUGAUUCUACAACUGGUGAACUCAAGACAACUGGUCCAAUCGAUUAUGAAAGUAGUCAACUGUUUACAUUGGAGGUUGUAGCAGCAGAUCGGAAUGGAGCACCUGGAGCAAACACUGCAACGACCCUGGUUAUUGUACAUAUUGAUCCAGUUAAUGAAUACUUCCCCGUAUUUCAAUCUAUUUCAUAUAGUACUUCAACCAGUGAGUAUACUGCAACAGGGGUAACACUACUCACCAUAUCAGCAACUGGUGAAGAUUUAGCGUCCCAUCCCCAUGGUCAGGUGAAAUACACUAUCGCAUCCGGAAACGAUGAUGAUCAUUUUUCGCUAGACGAUUCAACUGGAGACCUUGUUGUCAUCAAACGUUUUGACUUUGAGACAAUAUCUUCUCAUACGCUUGUUGUAACCGCUACAGACAGUACAGCAGCUCUUGGGGACCAGUUGUCGACUGAUGUGGAUGUUGAAAUCAUAAUUGAAGAUGAGAACGACAACACUCCCACAUGUGAUUCACAGCCUUAUGUCGUGAGCAUAUCGGAAAAUGAAAGUAUCGGACAAACAGUCAUGUCUCUUGUUAUACAAGACAGCGAUAGUGGUACCAAUGGUGAAGUAGAUAUAACUAAAACAAGUGGUGAUGUAAAUAAUGAUUUUGUACUUACUAAUAAAGAACUAGUUCUGGAUCAACUAUUAGUUUAUCACAUUACACCAGUUUAUAACAUUGUAUUUACUGUUACCGACCGUGGAUCCCCGCCCUUAUCGACGAACUGCGUUGUCACAGUGAAUGUUUUACCGGAAAACAACUAUGCCCCCGUGUUUAGUACCAAUACUGAAAAUAUAAAUAUUUUAGAAUCAUUGGAGAUUGGCAAUAUUGUGUACACUGCUUUUGCUUCUGAUGAUGAUGGUAUUGGCUCAGAUGGAAACAUAACAUACAAAAUAGUUGCCGGAAAUGCUGAUGGAAAAUUUGCAGUUGAUCGAUAUAGUGGAGAUAUAUUGAUACAGUCGCAGCUAGACCAUGAAAUUACUGAUCAGUAUAUUCUGGAAAUAACUGCAAUAGAUGGUGGGAGCACUAGCCUUACUGGAACAAUGACCCUCACUGUUAAAAUCGAAGAUGUUAAUGACAAUACACCUAUUUUCACACAUGAUAUCUACACUACAACUAUACUUGAACAUAUGGGUAUUGGCACUAGUGUCCUCACUGUGAAAGCCACUGACAUUGACAGUGGAGCCAAUGCCAUUAUCGAAUAUAGUAUCACAAAGGGUAUGAGUCAUGAGCAUUUCAGUAUUGAUAGAGUAACGGGAGAAAUUAUGACUACUGCAGAUUUAGACUUUGAAACAAGAAGCAUUUACAGUUUCAAAGUCAAGGCGUCAGAUGGAGGAAUACCGAUGCGGUCGUCAGAUGCAUUUGUUCGUAUAAUAAUAGACGAUGUCAAUGACAACCAUCCGGUAAUUUUUCCACAUUUUAAAACUGUUGCCAUCUCUGAGCAUUCUGCAAGUAACACAUUAGUCAUACCACAAUGGACUUUGGAUGACGAUAGUGGCAAAAACGGAAAUAUAAGUUUCAGUUUAGUCAGUGGUGACCCGUUAGGACAGUUCUACAUUGAUACUUGGGGUGGUACAAUUUUUACUUCAGGUGCGGGUCAGGUCUUGGACAGAGAAGUUCAAGAUAUAUAUCAACUUAUGAUAGAGGCUAGUGAUACAGGAACACCGGCACAUUCAACAACCAACAUAAUAACUGUAGUCAUUGAAGACGAAAACGACAAUCCGCCCGUUGUAAACCCAGCAACGUAUGAUAUUACUGUAUCAGAAGAUGUAGCCGUCGGGUCGUCCAUACUUACCAUUCUAGCUACUGAUGUAGAUGCAAAUGAAAAUGGACGAUUAACAUAUAAAUUUACGUCCGGUAACAAUGGUACUUUUGCAAUCGUACCUACGUCAGGAGUGUUGACUGUGGCCCUACCAUUGGAUAGAGAAACUACAGCGAGUCAUAGUCUACACGUUACUGUGUCAGAUAAUGGAAAUGUGCAGUUAUUUGCCGAGGCGUCAGUUACGUUAACAAUAAGUGAUGCUAACGACAAUGUACCACAAUUUUCACAGAACAUCUAUACAUUCUAUGUGCUUGAAAACUCGCCCUUUCUAUCAUUAGUGGGCAAUGUGUUAGCCACCGAUAGAGACGUAGGUUCAAACAGUCGAAUUAAUUAUACCAUCGCCAGCGGGCCUCAUGACCAUUUCAUACUUGAUAUUGUGACAGGAUCGAUUUCCACAUCAGCUGAUAUUGAUCGGGAGAAUAUUGAAUCGUACAGCUAUAAUGUUAAGGCCACUGACAAUGGAACUCCUUCACGAUACAAUUUCACUUCAGUUGUUAUAGUUGUAGAAGAUGAGAAUGAUAACUAUCCUGUAUUUAAUGAAGAUGAAUACAGUGUCACCAUUGCUGAAGAUCAUGAUGUUAACGCAUAUGUAUUGACUGUGGAUGCCACUGACGCUGACAACGGUACCAAUGCUGAGCUCACAUACAGCUUUCAUUCGAGUUUCCCUGUAGGAGAUGAGUAUUUCUCAAUCGAUGGUAGUACAGGAGAAAUAACUUUAAAGCAAGCUGUAGAUUAUGAGGCAGUUCAUACACUGGAGUUUGUUGUUAUUUGUUCAGAUAAUGGUUCACCUGUGCUGACAACUACAACGACUGUUUAUGUGAAUUUAACUGAUGUUAAUGACAAUGCUCCUGAAUUUAAUCCUGCGUUCUACAGUGCAGAAAUAACAACUGAGUGUAAUAACGGGGAACCCAUUGUAACCGUUUCUGCUACUGAUGCGGAAGAUGGUGAAACGAUGAAAUAUAUCCUAACAGACGCAUCAGAGAAAUUUAAAAUUGAUAUAAAUACAGGUGACAUCACAUUGAUUGCAGACUAUACGUACGCAUUACAAACAGGACAGAAGUACGAAUUGCGUGUCGAAGCCGAGGAUUAUGGUACACCGACAUCAUCAGACGAAGCGAUUGUCAGAAUAGAUAUAUUUGAUGCGUCCUUAUAUUUGGUGGAAUUCUACAUGACUUUGUCGAAGUCGUUGCUGGAUUUCAAACUGACAAAAUCUGAUUUUCUGCAAGCAAUUACAGACAUUUUGCAUGUUAAUUUCCCAACUGGACGAUGCGGAAUUUCUCAUAUAACUAUACAAGAUGCACGUGAUUCACAAAAUACACGUAAACUACUUACAGACGGAAAUGAAAUAAUAGUACACGUGUAUGCAAUUGCGGAUGACACUACAGACGUUAUAGAAGGACUGAAUCUGACAAAAAAGUUUGUGCUGGCAUCUCACCUGUUUGAUACAUUCACGGUAGAUUCCACUGGAGCACCAACUGAUGACCUUAAAGGUGGUGUGUUUGAACAGUGGAAUAUCGAGAAAGUGAUUUACGACAAUAAUGAUCUAUCCACUACAGAUUGGUACCAGCUUUGGUGGGGUAUCCUUGUAAUAGGGUGUGCUUCUAUUGUGUUUCUUUUGUUACUUGCUGCGUUUAUCAGACGUAUGUAUCCGUUUUGUUGUUCAAAACAAAAAGAAAAAAAACUCGAUGAGAAAGAUAAAGCCAAGGCCAACAUUGACGUUUCAAAGUCUAGAGGUGCAUGGACUCCCGGCUCAGAUAAAAGACGACCCAUCGAUCCUACUUUGAAUGCAGUGGCAUUAGGAAAGUCCAGUACAGCAACAGCAACUCUUACGAAGAAUGACAAUCUGUCAGUUUCCAGGAUGUCACCAGUGAGUCAGCCAAGGGUCACACUGAUUGAGACGGAAGAUGAGAUACGUGAAUCUCUUAAAAGAUAUUGA